UUCUUUUGUUAACCUAAACCCAAAACUCGAAACAAAAAUGGGCAUCACAGGAUUUCUCACCGCUCUUCUCUUAGCUAUGCUUAUGUUUGUUCACACUUACUCGUAUGAAACCACAGUUUUCAAACCAUACAAAGAAGAAAAGUUUCGGUCUCUUGUCACCAAGGCGUGCCAAUUUAUUGAUGCUCACGAGUUGUGCGUCUCUAACAUCCGGACGCACAUCAAGGAAUCGGGUCACGGAUUAACUCCGCAUUCGGUUUUAAGCGCUGCGGUAAAGGAAGCACAUGACAAAGCGAAGUUAGCAAUGGAAGGAAUCCCAACGGUAACGAUGUUAUCUAUCCGUUCGCGUGAGCAAGUUGCCAUAGAGGAUUGCAAAGAGCUUGUAGGCUUCUCGGUAACGGAGCUAGCAUGGUCGAUGCUGGAGAUGAACAAACUCCACGGAGGAGGAGGAAUAGAUGGUGGCUCUCACGACGCUGCUGCUGCAGGAGGCAAUCUUAAAACCUGGCUCAGCGCGGCUAUGAGUAACCAAGACACGUGUCUAGAAGGGUUUGAAGGAACAGAGAGAAAGUACGAGGAAUUGAUCAAAGGUAGCUUAAGACAAGUCACUCAGCUUGUGAGCAACGUCUUAGACAUGUACACGCAGCUUAAUGCCUUGCCUUUCAAGGCAUCUAGGAACGAGAGCUUCACCGCAAGCCCUGACUGGCUCACGGAGACCGAUGAGAGCCUCAUGAUGCAUCAUGACCCCAGUGCGAUGCACCCAAACACGGUUGUGGCGAUAGAUGGAAAAGGGAAGUAUCGGACUAUUAAUGAGGCCAUCAACGGGGCUCCUAAUCAUAGCACAAAGCGAUAUGUUAUAUAUGUGAAGAAAGGUGUGUAUAAAGAAAAUAUUGAUUUGAAGAAGAAGAAGACGAAUAUUAUGCUUGUUGGUGACGGUAUCGGACAGACUAUUAUUACCGGUGACCGGAAUUUCAUGCAGGGUCUUACCACAUUCCGAACUGCAACCGUCGCUGUUUCGGGAAGAGGAUUCAUAGCAAAGGACAUCACAUUCAGAAACACGGCUGGGCCGCUUAACCGUCAAGCUGUUGCAUUGAGGGUUGAUUCCGACCAAUCCGCCUUCUAUCGAUGUAGCGUGGAAGGUUACCAAGACACUCUUUACGCCCAUUCCCUCCGUCAGUUCUAUAGAGAUUGUGAAAUUUAUGGUACCAUUGAUUUCAUAUUCGGAAAUGGCGCUGCGGUUUUACAGAAUUGUAAAAUCUACACACGGGUUCCCUUACCGCUCCAGAAGGUAACGAUAACCGCGCAAGGAAGAAAAAGCCGUAAAAAUACAGGGUUCGUAAUCCAGAACAGUUACGUGUUGGCUACACAACCUACUUAUCUUGGCCGGCCAUGGAAACUUUACUCAAGAACGGUUUACAUGAACACUUACAUGAGCCAGCUGGUCCAACCCAGAGGAUGGCUUGAGUGGUUUGGUAACUUUGCUUUGGACACUUUAUGGUAUGGCGAAUACAAUAAUAUUGGGCCGGGUUGGCGAUCAUCGGGUCGGGUUAAAUGGCCUGGUUAUCAUAUCAUGGACAAACGGACUGCAUUAUCAUUCACCGUUGGAUCGUUCAUUGACGGUCGGAGAUGGCUUCCAGCAACAGGUGUCACGUUCACCUCUGGUCUAGCUAACUAAUUCAAAAUUUGAUUUUUACUUAAUUUUAGAAUUAUGUUAUUAAUUCCAUGUAUCGUUUGUCAUCCAUAUAAUACUCUGGUUUGAGCAGAAAACAAAAAUUGAAUAUAGCGUGCGUGUGUUUGAAUUUAUAAUAUAGACUUUCUGAUUAU